AUGAAGAAAGGAGAGUUGGAAGAAUACCAGGCCAUUGACUGGUACCAGUCUGAGGCCCAGGGGCUGGGCACCCUUGAUGUAGAAUACAAAAGCAUAUUCAGGAUCCAUGAAACUUUUUGUAGUUCAUGCCCCCAAGGAAAAGAUUACAGGAAAGAAAAACUCACAGCGGAGCAGGUGUGUAGCUGGCCACAGCUGAAGAGCUUUAUUACAGAUAGUGGAACUGUAGAUAUUUCCUCUAUUCUGCUACUUAGAAUGAAUCCAUUCAGGGACAGGAUCUGCAAGGUCUUCUCUACAGAUGGCUACUUUACAUUUGAGGACAUCCUUGGGAUGGCAUCUGUCUUCAGUUACCUAGCAUGUCCCACCCUUAAGAUUGAAUAUGCUUUUCGGAUUUACGAUUUCAACAACGAUGGUUUUAUUGAUGAGGAAGAUCUCCAAAAUGUCAUCCGCAGAUUAAUCAAUAAGAAUAACCUCAGCGAGGAAGAAAUUGUGUCUCUGGCAAACCAUAUAUUGGAGGAAGCUGACUUGGAUAAUGACAGAAUGCUCUCUCAAGCAGAAUUUGAACAUGCUAUGAUAAAGUCUCCAGACUUCCUACAGUAA